AUGGCGAAAAUCUUUCUCACAGGAGCCUCAGGUUAUAUUGGAGGGGAUGUGCUCCAUGCACUGAAAUCGGCCCUUCCAACUUGCCAGUAUACAGUCUUGCUGAGAGACGAGGCGAAGGCUCAGAAACUCUCUCAGGCGUACCCUGAUGUACAAGUAGUCCUGGGAGAUUUGGACGCCUCUUCCACUUUGGAACAACAAGCACGUGAAGCAGAUAUCGUCAUACACACCGCAAGCUCAAAUCACGUAAAGAGCGCCGAAGCCAUCGCGCGUGGAUUGACUGCACCGGAAAGACCAAAGCCGGGUCACUGGCUUCAGAUAUCAGGCGCAAGCGUUCUUUCCAUUCCCGACAUUGUAGCCAGCGCCUUUGGAGAACCCUCCAACAAGAUUUACAGCGAUGUCGAUGGAGCUGAUGAGCUGCGGGAGCUCAUCCGACAGUACUCUGCCAAGCGUGUGGUUGACAAUCUAGUCCUCAGCCUUCCCCAUACUGCCUCUCGUCCUAAAACCGCGUUAAUAUUUCCCCCGAUCAUUUAUGGUCGCGGUAGAGGACCGAUUAACCAGCGGAGCAUACAAAUCCCGGAGCUGGCAAGAGUGACCAUGCAGCGACGGGGCGGGGUUCAAGUGGGUAAAGGAGAAGCCACAUGGAGUAAUGUGCACAUCUCGGAUGUCAGCAACAUCUUUGUGAAGCUGGCCGAGAAGGCUUUGCGAAGUGAGGAAGGGGAAUUGUGGAAUGAGAACGGGUUGUACUUCCCCGGUUCCAGGGCUAUCUCAUUCGGUUCCAUCUCAGCACGAGUGGCGCAAGAAGUGAAGAAGCUCGGCCUUGCUGAUUCCGAGUCGGUAACUGAGAUCAGCCAUGAAGAGGCCGAUUCACUCACGCCUCAUGGCGGAGUGUUGUGGGGAACCAAUGCCCAGCAGGUGGCUCAGCGAGCGGCCAAGUACCUGGAAUGGGUCCCCGAAGGAAGAACAUUGGAAGAGGAAAUUCCACACACAGUUCUUGCCGAGGCCCAGAGACUGGGACUGAAAUAG